AUGAUCGAUAAGGAGGGCAUAAUUACUGCCGAAGAAGAGGAAGCGAUCAGAGAGGCUGCUAUUGCUCGAAGUCAACAAUUUCUUGUUGAGCCUCCAACGGUAUCCCAACUCAAAGUUCUGCCUACAGACAAUCGACCGCAACAGUCAAAACAAGCUGCUAUCCUUUCUACUGCAAUUAAACGAAAAUCAACUAGUAGCAAUGGCGAAAGUACAAGCGAGAAAGUGCCACGACCAUCAGAGACUCUAAACAACACUCGAUCGGUUGGGCAAUCUGUGGCACAACCUGCAGUUUCGGCGAUGAAGGUUCUUGGAACCAUACCUGGAAUAGGUAGCUAUGACGCUUCAAGUGACAGUGCUUCAUCCACUGAUAGUGAAGAAGAUGAUGACCAAUACAUUCCUGUUCUACAAACAACUCGUCCACAGAAGAAAAGUUCCUGCGACGAGUAA